CACAGCUUAGUUACCAUGUUGCCGUCCCCGCCAUCAACCUAGGUGGCUUGCUUGCCCUCAAUGUAUCUUGUUGUUCAACGUUGCGAUGGAGAACUUUUUAGGCAAAGUCAUAAAGAUAGUUUCAGGUGACAAAGGUGUGAGCAAAGAUUACUGGAUCGACGACAGCAAAUGUAAAGCAUGCUAUGAAUGCGAGUCAGCUUUCAGUCAGUGGAAUCGACGCCACCACUGUCGGAUAUGCGGACGCGUGUUCUGCGCAAACUGCACGCGGAAUUCAAUACCACCACCUCGGGAGAGUGCGGAUCAGCAAUGGCUUCGCGUUUGCAACUACUGCUAUCGCGUCCGGCAGCGCAGCGACCAGCCAACCCCGCGGACCCACCACCAGCGUAACAAUUCCUGGAAUGGACCGAAUGCCGGGCUUGAUAGGACGGGGAGCAUCAGGCAGCUGCUGGAGCCGGAGACCGCCCCGGCCCUCAGCGGGGGCACCGCCAGCAGCGGCAGCGGCAGCGACCUGCCAGCCGCGCGGGGCAGCCUAGCGCGAACCAGGAGCGGGCGAUGGGGUCGCGGCCAGUCCUCCGCGCACCGUGUUGCCAGCGGCGACCUGUCCUGGGUGGUGCCCCCGCCGCUGGAGGAGGACUUCGGCAUGAGCCUGGCGGACCGGGAUGCGCGCCUGCUGCACCAGCAGCAGCUGGAGGCGGGGGCGGGGGCGGGGGAGGCAGGGGCGCAGCAGGCGGCGCACAGCCUGGGGGAGGUGCACAGGCAGCUCUUCUCCGCCGCCGCCGACGCCCACCUGCGUGCGGUGGUAUCGCAGCUGCUGCGGGUGGAGGCGGUGCCGCAGCCCGACCUCUGGGCGCCCAUCGUCAGCGGCGCCGCGCAGGCGGUGGCGGCCUACCUGGCGCCCGCGCUCAUGUACGCCAGCGGACAGCACGACCCCAGGCAGGCGCUGCAGAUCAAGAAGGUUGCCGACGUGGGUCGGCCGGGCGACACGUGUGUGGUGACGGGGGUGGUGGUUCGCAAGGGGCUGCUGCACCGCCGGAUGCGGUCGUACAUCGAGUACCCCAAGGUGCUGCUGCUGGCCGGCUCGCUGGAGUACCAGCGGGAGACCAACAAGCUGUCCAGCUUCGACCUCAUGGACCAUGACAAGCAGUACCUGGCCAACGCGGUGGCCCGGCUGGCGGUGCUGAAGCCGGAUGUGGUGCUGGUGGAGGGCAGCGUGGCGCGCAUGGCGCAGGAGGACCUCAUGUCCCGCAACAUCAGCGUGGCUCAGAAGGUGCGCUCCAAGCUGCUGGAGCGGCUGGCCCGCUGCAUGGGCGUGCGGGUGGCGCCCACCGUGGAGCACCUCUCGCCCGCCACCGCGCACCUCUACCUGGGCGACUGCAAGGUGUUCAGGGUGCAGGCGGAGACCGUCAAUGUGCCGCAGCAGGGGGGGCAGCAGCAGGGGGGGCAGGGGCAGGCGGAGGACCAGACGGCUGCAAGGACAGGGCUGGCGGGAGCAGCAGGGGCAGGGGCAGCAGCAGCUGGCCCCGCUGCUUCCGCUCCCCCGGCAGUGGAGGGCGGUGCUGGCAGCAGCACCGCCUCCCAGCCCGGCGGGGUGCUGCUGCCGCGACCCGCCUCGGUGGAGGCCCUCCGCAGCGGGGGGGAAGCCGACACCACCCCUACCCCCACCUCCACCUCCACCUCCUCGGCAGCAGAAGCAGCAGCUGCCGCUCCCCCAGAUCCGCCCUCUCAGCCUCCCCAGCAGGCCCCCCCUCGCUCCCGCCUGCUGCUAGACAACGACCGGGGCAGCUACACCUCCCUCUCCGCCGCCAUGAUGAUGGCGCACCUGGGCUCGGGACCCAACGCGGCGGCAGCGGUGGCGGCGGUGUCGGCGGGCGCGGGCGCGGGGGCGGGCGGGGCGGCGGUGAUGGUCAGGUCGGCGG